AUGAAGAGGACAAAGUCGGGUGGGUUUGAUGGUGUUUGUGGCUGGGGCCGUGGGCCCCAGACUGACUCUGAACUGGAAGCUGCAAGGUGGCACCUGCCUGUGAAGAAGCUGAGCUUGCCCCUUGCCAAGCCACAGCUUUCUGAGGAACAGGCUGCUGUGCUGAGGGUCGUCCUCAAAGGCCAGAGCAUUUUCUUCACUGGAAGCGCAGGGACAGGGAAGUCCUAUCUGUUGAAGCGUAUCCUGGGCUCACUGCCACCCACAGGCACGGUGGCCACAGCCAGCACUGGGGUGGCAGCCUGCCACAUCGGGGGCACCACCCUCCAUGCCUUUGCAGGCAUCGGCUCAGGCCAGGCGCCCCUGGCUCAGUGUGUAGCCCUGGCCCAAAGGCCAGGCGUGCGGCAGGGCUGGUUGAACUGCCAGCGGCUGAUCAUUGACGAGAUCUCAAUGGUGGAGGCAGAACUGUUUGACAAGCUGGAGGCCGUGGCCAGAGCUGUCCGGCAGCAGAACAAGCCAUUUGGGGGAAUCCAGCUCAUCAUCUCUGGGGAUUUCCUACAGCUGCCGCCUGUGACAAAGGGUUCCCAGCCCCCGCAGUUCUGUUUCCAGGCCAAGAGCUGGAAAAAGUGUGUGCCAGUGAUCCUGGAGCUAACCGAGGCGUGGAGGCAGGCGGACCCGAGCUUCAUCUCUCUGCUGCAGGCUGUGAGGCUGGGCAGGUGCUCAGAGGAGGUAGCCCGCCAGCUCCGGGCCACAGCCGCCCACAAGGUAGGAAGAGAUGGGAUCGUGGCCACACGGCUCUGCACCCACCAGGAUGACGUGGCCCUCACCAACAAGAGACAGCUGCGGGAGCUGCCAGGUGAGGUACACAGCUUUGAGGCUUUGGACAGUGACCCUGAGCUGGCCCGAACCCUGGAUGCCCAGUGUCCCGUCAGCCGGCUCCUUCAGCUGAAGCUGGGGGCCCAGGUGAUGCUGGUAAAGAACCUGGCCGUGUCUCGGGGCCUGGUGAAUGGCGCUCGCGGCAUGGUGGUCGGGUUCGAGGCUGAAGGGAGAGGGCUGCCCCAGGUGCGGUUCCUGUGUGGAGUCACUGAGGUCAUUCGCGCUGACCGCUGGACGGUGCAGGCUGCCGGGGGCCAGCUCCUCAGCCGGCAGCAGCUGCCACUCCAGCUGGCCUGGGCAAUGUCCAUCCACAAGAGCCAGGGCAUGUCCCUGGAUUGCGUGGAGAUCUCGCUGGGUCGUGUGUUUGCCAGCGGCCAGGCCUACGUGGCUCUUUCCCGGGCCCGCAGCCUGCAGGGCCUGCGUGUGCUGGACUUCGACCCCACCGCGGUUCGCUGUGACCCCCGUGUGCUGCACUUCUAUGCCACCCUGCGGCGGGACAGAGGCCUCAGUCUGGAGUCCCUAAGUGAAGAGGAGGAAACCUGGGGCCAGGAGAACACAGACCCAAACCUCUGA